UGGUGCAAAGUGUCUAUUUAAAUGAAUACAUAUACGGACAGACAAUGAGGUUAGGCACUAAAAAUCAUUUGAUCAGCCUUUUGACCAGAAGAAUCAUCAACCAAAGGAGAUCACAGCUUCACUUGUGUUUUUUAAAUUAAAGUUCUUGUUGUUCUGUUUUCUUGAUUUGAAGACGAGAAAAUUUCAAGAUUGUUCAUGGCAGAUCCUCCCAUACAAAUAAUACACCAACCACCUGCAAUUCAGACACCUCUCCUUCCUCCAACUCAAAACAACAACACCAACCACCAUAACCACCACCACCAGCCAAAUCAAGAAACUAAUGCUGAUCUUAAUCAGUCACUUAAAGGGCUGGAGAUAUUUCUUACAUUUCUUGGUUUCAAUCAAUCUUCGGUUUUGAGCUUUCUUGUUUCUUGGACUGUUUUUAUAUUGAUAGGUGGGUUGCUUCCUGUUUUAAUACUUGAGUUGUCUAAAUGUUCUGGUUGCGACAAGUAUCAGAUAAAGGACUUCGAGCUUGAUAUUGUUGCUUCUCAGGCUUGUCUUGCUGCUGUUUCUUUAGCCUGCCUUUCCCUUAAUCUACGCAAGUAUGGUGUGAGAAAGUUUCUCUUCGUUGACCGCUGUAAUGCCCAUAUUUUGGCUCGGUUUAGUCAUCAAUAUGUUCAACAAAUUAAGGAUUCUUUCCGUUUACUGGUCUUCUGGUCACUGCCAUGUUUCAUUCUGAAAGUAGUGAGAGAGGUCAUUCGUAUAUCGUACAUACAACAUGAAUCAUGGUGGUUGUCUACCACUAUUUUGUUAGGCAUGACUCUUUCCUGGAGUUAUGUGAGUACUAUAUCUUUAACAGCCAGCAUUAUAUUUCAUCUGGUCUGCAAUUUGCAAGUUAUUCACUUUGAUGACUACGCGAAGCUCUUGGAAAGAGAAUCUGAUGUCUUGCUAUUUAUAGAGGAGCAUAUUCGUCUCCGUUAUCACCUGUCAAAGAUAAGCCACAAGUUCCGCAUUUUUCUUCUUCUGCAGUUUUGUGUUGUCACUGCAGGUCAAAUCGUUACUCUUUUCCAAAUAACAGGGUAUAGCGGUAUUAUCACUGUGAUUAAUGGAGGCGAUUUUGCAGUAUCUUCAGUUGUCCAGGUAGUUGGGAUAAUUCUUUGUCUCCAUGCGGCUACAAAAAUAUCCCAUAGAGCCCAAGGAAUUGCUUCUGUAGUUAGUAGAUGGCAUGCAUUGGCAACAUGUGGUUCAGGUGAUUCAUCUCACAUGAGAGUUUCAAAUAGUGCAGGUAACUUGGAAGCUCCGAAUCCGCUCAACUCGCUACAAAUAACUUAUUCUGAAAGUGAUUUGGAGUCUGCGGAUUAUAUUGCAAUGCCUACAAACACACAAUUGGCAUCCUACAUGUCUUCUUAUCACAAAAGGCAAGCCUUUGUCAUGUAUCUACAAAACAAUCCUGGAGGGAUCACUAUAUUUGGUUGGACGGUUGAUCGCGGCCUAAUCAACACAAUCUUUUUCAUUGAACUUACUCUUGUAACCUUUGUGCUUGGAAAGACGAUAGUCUUCACUUCUAAAUGAUAGUUUCCAAAGCUAAGCUUGGGCAAAAUGCUUGGAAAGUUUAUGAGCUUGGAAAGCAACAUAGGCUGAACUUCCAAGGCCAACCUCGUUCCAUCACUUAUAAAGCUGGAAGACAUGUUAUGAUUAUUAAGGACACUAAGACUGAUAGAUCAUGCUGACUGAAAGAACAACCAUCCAGCUUGCUGCUGUUUCGGGCAACUAAAGUAAAGAAGAAAACAGACAAGUCUUCUGUCACAAUCUACCUAGUAAUGAACAAAGAUUGAGAUGCAUUUAGUCUAGGUUGUAAGCAUACUACAUAUUUGCCUCCCAUAGAAUAAGAAAAAGUAGCAAUUCAUCUCUGUACCCUGCCUAUAUUUUCAGCUUUGAUCUAUGCCCCAGUGGUGAAAAAGAAAAAGAAAAAGAAAAGAAAACUUAUAGUUA